AUUAAAAAUAGGUCUUAAUGAUUGUUUUUACUUGGUAAACAAUGUUUAUCAGAUCAACAAUAUCGUUACUAAACACCUAGAGUAAAUCCAUGAUGAUUUUUAUGUGUCAAAUAUUUGGAAAACAGUGAUUUAUGUAUUGUUUUGGUGCCAGUCACUUAUAUUGAUUUAUCGUAAGCCAGUGACCUGUUUUUCGUGUUAUAAAUGUGUUACUCGUAAAUAAUUAAUGAAAUCAUUAGGAAAAGACCUGAAGAUCAUUGAAGAUGACUUUCUGACAAUAAUUUCUACAUAUUACCUAGUUAUAUUUGGGAAGAAACCUAUGAACAUGGGUACGGAAUCGAAAUUCGGAAAACAGUGUUGAUUUUUUCUAAAUAAUUGCUAUUUUGUUAUGGUGUUCUUGUUUUAACAUGAUGACACCAAUAGAAGAAAAUAAAGAUGACAAGAUCCGUGUGGGCAUGGUGCAAGUAUCGGACGGCAAGUCGCGGCCGCGGCCUGCGCGUCUCGUGCUCAGUAUGGAUGCAGUUACCGUGCAGCGAGAAGUACCUGUAGUGGUACCCGUGCGGGACAAGAAUGUGCCUCAUGCUAGGGAGCGUAUGGUGCAAAUAACCCGACAGAAGGUUGGCGGCCUUGGACUUAGUAUAAAGGGUGGGGCCGAACACAAGCUGCCGAUUCUUAUAUCCAAGAUUUACAAGGACCAGGCGGCGGACCAGACGGGGCAGUUGUUUGUUGGCGAUGCAGUUAUAAAAGUAAACGGCGAGUACAUCACAGCCUGCUCACACGACGAUGCGGUCACCAUACUACGAAACGCAGGCGAUAUUGUCGUCUUGACGGUCAAGCACUAUCGCGCAGCCACGCCUUUUCUACAGAAACAAGCGGACGGCGCGUCAGAUACAGACAGUAGUACGGGCGACGAACACCCGUCCCUACACGGCAAGCCUGUCGACGCUAACUGCAAUGAGAAGAGCGCGGAACAGACCAAUGGCGGGUGGCAGACUGCGUGGGGCGAGGAGGAAAACUCCAGGCCCGGCAGCGCGGCUGGCUCGCUCCGCUCUCGACCGUCAUCCGUCGCUUCUGACAGACUCACCGCCGACCAAACGCAGGGAGCUAAAGAGUGGAAAGACGUAGUUUCAGUACCUUUAAUGAUGGGAUAUGUUACAAGAUACGUCUUUGGAACGGACAAGCUAAGGCCGGGCGCUUUCGAAGUCCGCGGAGCCCGGCCUCAGAUAACGACGGGCGUCAUACACGCGGAGGACCCCGCGGCACUGUCGCAGUGGCUUAAGAGCAUAUCGGACAACAUUGUUGGACUCACCAAUCUACAGAUGAAGCUGUUCAACCGUCAGCUAGCCGUCGGCGAGCGCAUCGAGUACAUGGGCUGGGUGCACGAGGGUGUGCUGUGCGGCGCGCAGCCGUGGCAGACCUACCGGCCCAAGUUCCUGCUGCUCAAGGGCACCGACGUCAUGCUGUUCGACGUGCCCCCGAUGAACAUCGCCGAGCUAGCAAAAUGUCCAGAGACCCUCAAAGUGUACCAGACCAUGUUCCGCACAGUGAAAGAGAGCGAAACAGUAGACUGGCGGCAACACUGCUUCCUCGUGCAGAGCAGCGGCGCCGGGCCCGGCGGCGGCGCGGCCGGACCCCGAUACUUCAGCGCGGAAACCAGGAGGGAACUGCUCAGAGUCGAGGCGGCCUGGACCAGCAACAUCGUCAACUCUGUCACCCGGCUACAGAAAAAGACGUUCACGGUGGUGCACGGCGGGCGGGCAGCGGGCCUGACGCUGGACUGGUCGUCGGGCUUUUCACUCAGCGAGGGCACGCCCGGCGCGCCGCCUGUCUGGGCGUACAGGUUCUCUCAGUUGAGGGGGUCAAGUGACGAUGGAAAGUCGAAACUAAAACUACAUUUCCAAGAUGCUGAGACCAAGGUCAUAGAAACAAAGGAGCUAGAAUGCCAGAUCCUGCAGAGCCUCCUGUUCUGCAUGCACGCCUUCCUCACGGCCAAGGUGGCGUCUGUCGACCCCGCCUUCCUGGCCUCCAUGCACCAGAACAAUUGACACACGGAGACUAACGACUAAACGCGUUCAGGACGUCUAGUCGUCGACAAGAUCUUACUGAGGUAAAACUAAAACUCACUUUGCUUUACCCAUUUUGUCUCGUUGAGGCGUUGUUUAUCGUUACAUUUUAAAUUGUUUCAAUUGUUAGUAUUAAAGCGAAUCUUUGACUAUGGGGCGAACCUAGGAUGAUACGUGAUUAUAUGUAUAUUACAGUACAUCUGCUACUUUACAACACCAGACCUAGCACAACUUGCCUUGUCGCGCGCGAGUCCAUACUUGAAGUCGCGCUUGACGCAUGG